GAUGCUUCGAAAUUUUCUUUUGCGAAACCAGAUGAAACUCGGGGAGGGAUCUUCUGGCGCUGGUGUCAUGUGCGCACAUCUCAAGGAUAAUUAAUGGAUGAAAUGAGCAUAAUCAGCAAUGUAGUAGUCGAGAAUUCCGUAAUCGACUUCGUCGGAAAAUUCGCAAGGCAAUGAGGCCGAGGCCGAGGUUUUCUGCAACUAGGGCGGCCAUUAAUGGCGGCGGCGAAGAGGAGGAGAAAAGCGCAGGGAGGAGGAAGAAAGGCGUGAAGGCAUGGCUGCUGCUCGACGAGCACGGCAAUGCGCAGGUCGUUGAGGUCGGGAAAAAUGUGAUCUUGCGCCGCACGGCUCUUAACGCUCGCGAUCUGCGUAUUUUGGAUCCUUUGCUUUCUUAUCCUUGUUGUAUUCUUGGCCGGGAGCGAGCAAUUGUGAUCAAUUUGGAGUAUAUUAGGGCAAUUAUUACUGCGAAUGAAGUUCUUCUGCUAAAUUCCAGGGAUCCUGCUGUCGCACCCUUCGCUGCACAUCUCCAGCUUCAGCUCUCCACUAACCCCGCGCAUCAGGUAUGAGGCUU